UCAGGAGCCACCAGACAUUUUAGAGAAGCAUUGGUACGCUGCACAGGAAACACCCCUCCUUUCCUGUUCUGUAAAAAGACGUACAUAGGAAACUGCUUUGAUAUCGUAAAUGCCAGUCGGUUCGGUCGCUUAGAUCUCCUGCUAGAACCACCAGCUUGCCCAUGCUACCAUAUAAUUGUCAUUGGGAGUGGUCCUGGAGCACAAUCAGUCAUAAUGGAACUAGCGGAGCGGGGUGUCGCCUUAAAAGUAGCCGUAGUUGAUAUAUCAUCGAAAGGAUCGCUAGAAACUAUACCACGUAGCCUCCUUUGGAAUGCGCUUAAGGCAAUAAAUGGCAACGAUUCAAACGAUUUUUCGGAAAGUGAUAUAUUUGGUGAUCUAGAAGUGCAAGACGAUAUCGGUUUGGAAUUAAUAUGUGAAGCUGCCGGGAUCGAUUACUACCAAGGAUCUGUAAAAUUCCUCUCAGCAGAUGUCAUCGCCGUGUCAGCUAAUUGCGAUGACGUCGAAACUAGUUCUAGUGAUGAUGAGCACAGUGAACCUCAAGAAGCAAAUAUUGUUGGCAUGUCGUUUAUAAUAUGCUGUGGAUGCCAACCUCUAAUUCCAGAAUUUCCGGGAUACGAACACUGUAUAAGUUUAGAUACCUUCUUACAUACUCGAGAGAUUCCGGAAAGAGCCGUAAUUAUUGGUGAUUCACCGGAGGUCGUAGAAACGGCUCAUCUGAUUGCGAAGUGCGGAGGAGGGGUCACUGUGUUGUACAAUUCCAACAGGCUGUUACCAAAAUUAGACCUAUGGGUCGUCAAGGAAAUCGUUAGAAGCUUAGAAUCACUCUCGGUUAUACUCUUGGAAAUCUCUGAAAUCAAAUACAUUAAAGAAUUAAGUACGGGACUAAAGAUCGUUUUUCGAGUGCAAAAUGGUAGUAAAUAUUCUGGUAUUUAUGAUAAGAUAAUUAUCCAUAAAAACAGAGUUCCGAUGACUGAUAAUAUGGAUCUAGAGAAAGCUGACGUGAAAGUUAGUAAGAGAUCACGAAAACUAAUUGUGAAUGAAGCUUAUCGAAGCACUAAUAAAAAUAUUUGGGCCUUUGGAAGUGUAGCCAAUGGACACCCUGAAGAUCCUAGGUUUGAGAUCUUAGCAGCAAGAAGCGUGGUUGAUUUUAUCAUCAAUGGAGUCGACGACGUAUCAGUUCCUAUCGUUUUUCCAUUUAUUUUAAUGGCUCCUUUAGAAUAUGCCUGCUGUGGAGAAACCGAGAAGUCGGCACUGCUUCGAUUUACAGAUGAAAUAAUAGUAAACGACUCUCAAAACUACUUUUUUCAUAUUAAAUUAAUAUGCGUCAGACAUCGUGUAUCCUCUUCAGAAGUAGAAAUCAGAAAAGAGGACGAUCGGGUCGUAGGUAUUCAUAUUCUUGGUCACAACAUGUGUAGUCUCAUUUCGGGCUUAGACGAGUUAAUAGAAGAGGGUGUAACUAAAGAGGUUUUGAUCGAAGUUUUAAUCCAGAAUAGUGCGUUUAGAAAACUGAAAUUAAACAGAAUAUCAUUUAGUUCUCGGAAAUCAAUAAAUACCGCCUACUGCGGAAUUCGUAUACAACACAUAUGCGAUAUCAAUCCAGAAACAGGAACUAGCUCAGUAUUUGUAAAAUCGUGGGACAGUACGUCUGAGGAAUCAUCAGAUAUCGACGAGAGGACUGAUCAGGCUGCUAAAAAUAAAUGCGCCUGUAAAAUGAGUACACAAAAUACGAUUGAAAUUUCACUAACUGGAGAAGAAAUUGGAUUGAGGCUAUUUUUGUUUAUUUGGCCCAUUUUUUUAACUCUUCUACCAACAAGAUUACUCGAAGAAUGCAGACACAACGUCUCUAGUGUCUCAGAAUCAGAUGAAGACGAUUCGAGCAUGGGCAAUAGAGAAGACUACAAUUUCUCCACUGGUAUGUGUGUAAAAGAAACCACCAAACAAUGUUAUAAAACCAGUGAGUUUCAAAUGAGGUCUGUUUUUAAAGAUUAUGAAACAAUUUAUUCCAACUCAGAUUCAGACAGCGAUCUAACGGAUGAAGAAUGUUGUCAUAAUAAAAAUGGUGCAUUAAGGUGUAGUGAUACUAUUAGCGACAGUUCAAUUGUACAACGUCGAGAUCUGAAUUUAUCACAGUCCUUAAUUAAGGAAAAAAUAAAUACUUGCCAAGACUAUGCCACUCCUGAACUUUUCAACAGAAAACUGGCGUUAAAAUAUAAUGAGACAAUGACAAUGACAAUUGUGUGCAAAAACGUCAGUUCCUGUCAUAAAUUGCCAACUAGGGAACAAGUAAAUUCUCGUACUCCUAGAGGAAACUUUGAAUCGUCUCAAGAAAAUAGAGCUGAUAGUCCCUCAGAAGAAAAUGAUUCUGAUACAUCUUCCAUUAGUAAUACAGAAGAAAACUUUAGCCGCAGGUUGGACCACACACCAGCUGAAGGGGAGAGAACUUCAAAAACUGCAAUGCCGUUAACUACAAGGCCCUUCACUCCUAGGCAUUCAACCUCUAGGCCUUAUACACCAAAAUGUUCAACGUCUAAGCCCUUUACUCCGAAGUCUUCAAAGCCAAGGCCCUGUACUCCAAGUCCAAAAACGGCAAGACCUAAAACUAGAAGAGGUUAUAUCAAGCUGAACGAUUCUGACUCCAAUUCUAGCCGAACAUCAAGAGGAAAUAAACCAGAGUAA